UUCAAGCAAGACAGAGGGGCAAUUAAAAAAGAUUUCUCUCCACUGUCCUCCUUGUGUGAUGUCACCAGUGGCAGAACUGUUGUAAUUGACUUGGUAGGGGUUGAUCAUUUCGUGCCCUGGUGUAGCCUCCCGUGCUCGAAAGUAGAAGGGAGUAGCAUCUUUUACCGAGGCGAUCGUGGCUCCCGAGGCCGCGAUCGAGUACCGCCAAGCCGGACAUCUCACGCCGGAAAAUAUGGAGGCUGUAGCCGACGAGCUGCGGGCCGGCUCUCAGAUUCCGGUUACUAUCGAUCAAAUAGUUAACGAUACACUAGUGGUUACGCUAACCUAUCAAGAAAGGAGCUACAUGGGGAUAUUACUCGAUUGCAACAAAAAGUGAGUCUUAUUUUUUUCGAAUAAUGUUAUACAUUUAUCACAAAGUAAUUAUCUAGCUAACGUUAUCCUGCUAGUGUUAGCUGGCUAAUGUAGCUAGAUAGCUACAUGGGCCUUCAUACAAAAUACUCCAAGGGGGUUUAGCUAACUUGCUAGUUAGUUAGCCAGCUAACGUUAACAGAUUUGCUCACUUUUACAGCCAACAUAUUAAUAGCAUAUAAACACGUGUAUCACUACUAUGAAACUUGGAUAAAGCCAAAAACCAUGUGAAAGUAACAUGCGAUGGGCAUUUCAAGAAAAAUUAUGCCAACGUGGGUACCACAGACGGUUAGUAUAGAUAUAUUUGUGGGUACCUUAAUACCUCAUUGUUAGCUUAGCUAUCAAGCUAGUUCACUGUUUGCUAGAUUUAGACUGGCAACAAUGUAUCCAACUAUGGCAGGCCUUGCUGAAACACCCUUUCUCAUAUUACACUUUUGUAUAUGCAUUCUUAUAAUUCAUCGAUCAACCUACAUCAUGUUUUAAUAGUUAGGCCUAUGUAAAGUGAUGGGCAUCACACCAUUUAAUAAUUUAGCCGACUUCUGGUGCCUUUACUGUAGGCCUAGGUUGAAACUCACAAAGUCAUAGAAUUGUACCCUUAUAAUGAUACAAUUAGGUCUAUUUAUAAAUGAUUGACCUGAAACUCAAAAUAAGAGAUUAUACAGCUGUUAAAGAUGGCACUCGUUGUUGAGUUAUCAAGGAGGUUACAGACACCAGCAAAACUAGGCUAUAGGCCUACUUUGUGCUUGACAAAGGGAACUAGAGUAGACAAUGUUGGCUAGAAAUCACAUUUAGGCCUAUGUAUAGGGUGUUAACAAUGGGUAGCCUAAGGUAUAACAUUUUCUUCGAAUGAUUGGUAUUAAUAUGGGGCAUGUGUUAUCUGGCAUCACACCAGGACUCUAGUCACAUGUUCUGGCCUUGUGUUGCACUAGCACAGCACAGUGCAGUGAGUGCAACUUUAAAUUCCACUGGGUUUAUUUAUUUAUUGUCAGCAUCAGAAUCUUAACAGCUUUUCCUGUAAGUAGGCCUACAUGUUCAUGUGAUCAAUCACUCCAAAUGCCCUGAGAUUCACCUUCCCCUGUGGCUUAAACAAAGAACAGUGUUUUGGCAUACAGGCCUAUUUUGGCUUGUCGGUGUCAAAAUGUGAGUUCUUCUUCCUUUAGGUUUAUAAAAAUGCAUUUCCCUUCAUUGUGUGUCUCCAGUUUCCAUGUCAUCUGUACUUUUUUGCAGGAUCUCUUUAUUUGGUAUACAUGAUUAAAUGGCAACAGUGUUUGAGUCAUGGCCGGUUAACCGCUAUGUCCUUGUAUACAGCCUAGGCCAGGACUUUCUGUACUGCCUGUGUCAAUCAUUGCGACGGCUGAGAUUUUGUUGCUCAAGAAGGGCCUUUAAAGGUCUCCCCCAAAGCACAGGAAACGGGCCUUGCUGAGCCGCUUUAUAAAAAGGUGCCAAUAGCUGCUCAUGGGGAAACGCCUUUCGGGCUUCCCAAAUGUGUUUUAAUUAAUAUUCUCAUAACACACAAGCUCCCAGCAGACAUUGAUGUGAAAACAAGUGAAUCCCCUGGCUCUCUCCGGGUCCCGAUUGAUUCAUGGGAUUGUUUUUGUUCAGUCAGAUGGAGUGGAGGGGGGCUCCUGGGUAUCCUGUAGUCUCUUUGUCUGCUGUCUCUGACAGCAGAGCACAGCCAUGUUGCUGCUGCUGCCUUAGCUGCUGUCAGCUACCUUUCAAGGGGCUGCUUAGAGAAGCCAGGCUUGGACGCAUUACAUCUGCAGGUCCACUGGCAUGACAAGGAACGUGAAUUUACUGAGAAAACACACUCCAGCUCUUUCAGUUUGUAGCACACGGCUGGAGGGCAGGCUAUAGGCUAGCUAGACAACGACCUGCUUGCUUGCUGUCUCCCAACCCCCACUUCAGUAGAAACCCUAAUAUAGGUGAUGAGUUGAAAGUGCAAUGUUCUAACAAAGGAAAAUAUUUUUUGAUGUUGCCUUUUUUAUAGUAUUGAAAUAAUUGGGACAUGAAAACUACACUGAUUAGGUUAAUUCAUUAGGAAUUUGGAAGUGGGUUUUGUAAACUACCUUGUUCACAGCAUUAACAUAUGUUGUAAGUAGCACUUAGCAUCUGUUGUUUGAUUAUUGUGUCUUCUACACGAACUGAAGUGUUGCAACCAUAAGGGCUUUCAUAAGUGGUCCGACAGGGUCAAAGGAGUGCAUCUGUUGCACAUAGAUUUAGUUGAGUUAAUGUUCUUGAACAGGAACUUAGUGAAUUGAAGAGUUGGAAUUCCUGCUUUAUUCACAAGGAGAAUGUUGAGUGCAAACACUCAGAAGCUACAAAACAUACUAAAGUAUUUAUUUUCACUGUUUUCUUAUAGGACUGGGCUUUUCUGCCUACCAGAUGUCACGACAAAGCCAAUGGAGUGCCCUGCAUUGAAACCUGGUUGUGAAAUCCCCGAAGUCCUGACAGCGGAGCCGGUGACUAAACCACCCAGCCAGGCUUCACAUCAUAGACCAAAGGAUGAAAACACGCUCCCUGAAAAUGAUCCACUAGGUGCCCAUCUCCCUGCCCCUCUGCCCACACCAGUGCCCGCCGGGCAGGCUCCAUACCCUCCUUAUUUUGAAGGAGCUCCCUUCCCUCAGCCCAUAUGGGUGCGCCACAGCUAUGGUCAAUGGGUACCUCAGCCACCACCGCGAACAAUCAAGAGGAAGAAGAGGCGGACCCGAGAGCCCGGGCAGAUGACCAUGAGCACCAUCAGACUCCGCCCCCGGCAGGUGUUGUGCGAGAAGUGUAAGAACACGCUGAACAGUGACGAGGACAGUAAAGAUGGGAUGCCUACCACCAAGACGUCUAGAAAAGAGAACGCGCCAUACAGCGAUGAAGACUCCAAAGAGGGGUCCAUCAAGUUGGCCAGGAAAGAGGAUGCAGACGCCACCAAGGAUAACAACAAGAGACGGGAGAACGGCCCCACUGGCUACGACGGCAAGCGGCUCCGGAAGGACAAAAGGGAUGAGGAACCAAAGUUCCCUGCAGCGGACAUCAUUCCCCACAGCCCAGUCAUCAAGAUUUCGUACAGCACUCCGCAAGCCAAGGUCGAGGUCAUGAAGAUCCCAGCUCGGGUCCAUGGCUCCGUCAAGCCCUUCUGCCCCAAGCAACUGAUGCAGAACGGCCUGAGAGACCACCAGGGCAAGGUGCCUGAGACCACCACCCUAACCCAGACUCAGGAGCAGCGCCACAUCCUGGACGCCACCAGGACGGGCCUGACAGUGUCCAUUCCCAAACUCAAGCUCCCCAGGCCCCUAACAGCCAGCCUGGACCUCCCCUCCCCAAAGAUCCGCGUGACGACCCUGGGGGACGGAGAGGACAGCCUGACGGUGUACGAGGCAGAGCUGGUAGAGAGGUCAAGGAAGAAAGGCCCCAGGGUGCCAGUCCCUGGUCCCCUGCCCCACUCGGAGGACUCUGAGGAGAAGACCCCCAUGGAGCUGUGGUCAGGGAGCUCCGGAGAGGAGGCAGACCGAGGCCACAGUGACCUCACGCUGCUCAUCAACUUCCGCAAGAGGAAGGCGGACUCCUCCAGCCUGUCUGUGUGCAGCACCGAUAGCCUGGACGAAUCAAAAUCCUUCAGCUCAGACGGCACGCCCCCGGAGCUGUGCGACCUGGCUCCCGGAGAGCACAUCUCAUCUGUGUCUUCCUCGUCGAUCUCGCAAGACAACAGCAAGACUGUGCCGCCGCUCACCGUGCGCCUGCACACGCGCAGCAUGACCAAGUGUGUGACGGAGGAGGGCCAUGCGGUGACCGUGGGAGACGUGGUGUGGGGGAAGAUCCAUGGGUUCCCCUGGUGGCCGGCGAGGGUGCUCCACAUCAGCGGCAGCCGCAAAGAGGAGUCUGUUAACUGCGAAGCCCAGUGGCCAGAGGCUAAGGUGGCCUGGUUUGGCUCACCCACUACCUCCCAGCUCUCCGUUGCCAAACUCUCUCCCUUCCGGGAGUUUUUCAGGUCGCGGUUCAACCGCAAGAAGAAAGGGAUGUACCGGCGAGCCAUUGUGGAAGCUGCCAAGGCUGUGGGCCACAUGAGCCCCGAGAUCACCUCUCUACUCACCUCACACUGCGAAACGUAGGUGAGUCCACAACACUCAGACAAUUUGAGUUUGUUCACUAAAUACACAGUAGUCCGGUACCUUGGAUUAAUGCUACAUGCUGGGCAAUGGUUUGGGCACUGAGCUCAUUCAAAUCUUAAUGCAGAAUACACCUUCUCGUUGAAUGCCUAAACUACGUUUUUGCUCACCACACCCUUGUAUGGUAAAAUAUUCUUAAUUGAGUGAUUUUGUUUGACUGAACCCAGGGACGUAUGAUUUGGUCUCAGUCUGCCUACCACUAGUUGUCAUAAAACAUUAUUAGGCCUGAUCAUAUGAAUCGAAAGCACAAGCCCUUGUUCCCUUUGAAUUAUUUUGUUGAUUGGUCUGUGGAAUCAGACCCCAUGUAGCCAAGCACCAGGUCAUUCACCUACACCUAGGUUAAAUAUUGUCUCAGGGUGAUAUGACUGCCAGACAGCUCCCAGGGCCACUGUUUGCUGUGGUGAAGCCCCAGUAGCCAUGUGAAGGUACACCUGCACUAAGCUAUGUUCAUAAUGCACACAAUAAGCUUUUGAGAAUGCCAUUCUUUCCGUAACUCAUAAUGGAAAUAGUUUUGCCACGUCAGCUGUCCAGAGAUCAGUCUUUAAAGUGUCUGAAAUCCAUUGUGUGCAUUACUCAAGAGUGACUUCUGAAAGAAGAUAGUGUCUUGGGUUCAGUUAGAAAUGUUCCAUAUUUUGAAUGGUCAAGUGAGAAUCCAUCUAUUCUGUAAACAUGCAUAACUCUUCCAGUGCAAAGUCUAGGCCCGUAGUUAGAAUGUCCCUCCAUUGGAAACCGUACUGCCAUUAUUUGCCUAAUCUCAUUACUCUGUUUGCUCUCUCUCUCUCUCUGUAGAGUCUGAAGACUGAAGAAUGGUCUUCUUUCAAAGGCUUUGCGGAACUCUGACUCUUGAGUCGUCUAUCCCCAGGAGAGAAAGGAAGCGUGUGCAGUUGCUAGGGUCACUAUUUAUACAGUGUCGUCUCCCCCCCCCCCGCUCCCACAUGGCUGGAGGAAAAUGGCCGCCCAGGUGGAUUGUUGUUGACUGGAUAAGGGAGCAAGAAAUGCCAGUCUGAGGCAUCUCAUGGACUACAAGGAACAGUUCUUCAAUUAUUGUAUUUUUAUUUUUAACCAUAUCAAUAGAAACACACUACAAAUCAGAAUGUAUUUAUUAUCUGUAACCAUUUAUUAUCCACAACAAUUUAAGUUGACCUUUUUACAAUUCCUUAAGAUCUCCAUACUGCUGCUUUUGUAAACAUCCUCCCGACCGAUUGGUCGUGAAGUAGUUCAAUGACAACCAGUCAGAGGGCCUCGUCAGGUCUGUUCAGUCCCAGUGCCAUCCUCAUUGGAAGCCCACCCACUUUUUUUCGAACAGACUGUAUAUCCGCAUUUCUGGUGAAAAGUCUUACACUAAGUUUUUUUACUUUCCAAAUAUGAGAAUGUGAAAGUGUUCCAUCCAGAGAUGGUACUGUAGUUUCUUCUAUCAUACCGUGAUUCAUCCUUGUAGCCUUCUUCAGCAGUCCUAGUUGGAAAUGUCGAUGUAAUGUUAUUUAUACGUUUUUCAAACAUUUGUCUCUUCCAUUUUGGUUUGAAUACCUUAGAAGUGUGGUAUGUAUUGGUCGUUGAUGAGAGAUCCCAAAGUUCAUUUCUACUCACUUUCAUUAUUUAAUGUGUCAUUUAAAGAAAAGCACUUUAUCUGUACCUUGGUGGCCUGCUGUAAGCUCAUUGUCCUUUCACUAACUGGAGUUACAGCACUGCCAGGCAGCGGGAGUUCAUAUCACGGUUGACUAUCGAUGGCCUUGGAGAAUACUUUUUUUUAUUUAAGUUUUGGGACACCAGAGAUUGAACCUUUCAGGGGUGGUUGUGUACACUGUAUUCUUGCAUUUUUGUCUCGGGUGUGUCUUUGUACAUUCUUUCAACAGACCCUAGUUCUAGCCCCAUCAAAUGUUUCCACUGGAGAAAAUUGUCAAAAAUGUCAAACCCUAUGCAUCAAUUAAAGCUUGAUAGUCACUCGAAAAUGCUGUAAGAAUACUGUGAAUUCAACUCUGAGUGUGCUGGUGAAGGGUGCGGGAGAUAGGUGGCUACUCUGUAUGCUCACUACUGGCUACAGGUUGCAGACUGCAGUCCGGAGAGGGAGAGACUGCAGGAUCAACCUUUAUUGACCUUGGGAGUUGAAAGCAGCACUGUUGGAAAGAAGGGGGAAGGGAGGGACAGCAGCGGCAGGAACCAUGGGUUGUUCAGUAGGCACCAAACAGAAGAAAACAGGC